CUCUCAUCCUGUGUCCCUGUCCCAAGUUUGCAACGGCCAACGGGCCAACCCCACAACACAAAUCUACAUAACAAACAAUCCCGAGGCCAAGAGGCCCAACAAACACUCUAAUUGUUCUUCCCUCUCAAUCUCAUUCUCAUCUCUCAUCAUCUCUUCUUCUUCUUCUCCUUCGUAAUCAUCAUUUCAUCCCUAAUAUCGUUGUCUUCAUCUUCCUCUCCUCAUGGACACGCUCGAAACUGGUCAGCUUAAGGAGCUCAAAACCAUCUUUUCUCGUUUCGACAAGGACUCGGACGGCAGUCUUACACAUCUGGAGCUCGCAGCACUCUUGCGCUCCCUUGGCCUCAGGCCAACAGGCGAUCAGGUGCACGAAUUGCUCUCCAACAUGGACUCCAAUGGUAAUGGCUCCAUCGAAUUCGAUGAAUUCGUCAGAGUCAUAAUGCCCGACCUCCAGAACGAGGGGAUUUUGAUGAACCAGAAGUAUCUACUGGAGGUGUUCCAGUCUUUUGAUCAAGACGGCAAUGGAUACAUAACUACGGCGGAGCUUGCACGGGCCAUGGCCAAGAUGGGUCAGCCCCUAACCUACCGAGAACUCGCAGAAAUGAUGCGACAGGCGGACAGUGACGGAGAUGGGGUCAUUAGUUUUGAUGAGUUUGCAACCGUCAUGGCCAAGUCCGCCGCUGAUUACCUCGGAAUCGCCAUCCCAUAGCCGGAGAUUGCCAUUCCGUUAGCAUCAUCAUCGUCGUUGUCAUCUCUUCAUCUCUCUCCUCCACAUGACUAUUCUUGGGCGGAUUGACUUAACCGCAUUGACCUGGUCCUUAGGUCUUCUCUUCUGUACAAUUUCAUUAUUAGAAGAGUGUGUAUUAUAAAGUAAAAGUGAUGUGGCAAGGAAAGAAACAUCUGUCAUCAUCUAUCAAACUCAAACUUUUGUUUUAAUUAAUCUGCUCGACUCCUGGGA